CGCGUCGCGAAUUCGCGCAAAUUGGCGCAUUAUAAUUUUAUUGCAACUAUCUUCGAUUGAAUUAAUAGGGCUACAUUUGAUAAUUUUGCUUUCUUCGAACACUUAAGAGCGGAACGUAAGGCGCGAAAAUGUUCCGCAGUUUCAUGAAUUUAACAAACAAAUAUAAAAUCUUACGAGGCAUGAUAUCAUAUGGGACCCUGUGGCCGUGCGGCAGCCUCAUCGAGCAGACGCUGAUCGAGAAACGGACAUUCCGCACCUACGACUGGAUGAAGUGUCUGAGAUUCAGUUUGUUUGGCUUCUUCUUUAUGGGACCGACCAUAUAUGUUUGGAUAAGACUGGCCACCGUCAUGUGGCCCCGCACAGAUAUUAAGUCAUCUCUCUGCAAGGCGAUCACCGAGCAGACGGCCUACGAUCCCAUGGCCAUUAGCUCCUUUCUCUUCACCAUGACUCUGAUGGAGGGCAACACAUACGAGCAGGCCAAGCAGGAGGUUAGCGAUAAGUUCCUGGAUGCCUACAAGGUCGGCAUUAUUUAUUGGCCCUGCGUGCAAACAGUUAACUUUGCCUUUGUUCCGGCCAGAAAUCAGGUAGUUUUCACCUCCUUUUUCAGCAUGUGCUGGACCACGUUCCUGGCCUAUGUGAAAUUCCUGCAGCUGCAUCCUCCUGUCGAUGUUGACCAUCAUGCCGUGGACAUACACUUUUUGGAGAUGUGAAGAGAUUGAAGCACAUUUAAAAUAAACCUAAAUAAAUAUUAACUUUAAUUCUAA